AUGCAGCAGGUUUCUCAGAGGGUUGGCAUGUGCUCCUCCUGUUGGAGGAGGCAGCUGAGUGGGUUCCUGGGGCUGAGGAGAUGGCAGAGGAGGCUCCUUCCUGUGCCUGUCAGAACCACCUACAGUGAGACAGGGAAAUGGGAGAAAAACUAUGGCAUGGAGACAAGGAAAAGAGUGGAAACCUGGUGGCUCCCAAGAAUAAAGGAUCAGUUUUGUAGAACUUCAGAAACUGAUAAAUCAAGACCCAAAUUUUACGUGCUUUCUAUGUUCCCCUAUCCUUCUGGGAAGCUUCACAUGGGCCAUGUUCGUGUCUACACCAUCAGCGACGCGGUAGCUCGGUUCCAGAAGAUGAGAGGGAUGCAGGUGAUCAACCCCAUGGGCUGGGACGCGUUCGGUUUGCCAGCAGAGAACGCUGCGGUUGAACGUGGGCUGCACCCUGCAAGCUGGACACAAAGUAAUAUUCAACACAUGAGGGAACAGUUUGAUGCACUAGGUCUGUCUUUUACAUGGGAAAGGGAAGUAACCACUUGCUUGCCAGAGUACUACAAAUGGACACAAUAUCUCUUUCUUAAGCUUUUUGAAGCUGGGAUAGUGUAUCAAAAAGAGGCCGUGGUCAACUGGGAUCCAGUGGAUCAGACUGUGCUGGCUAAUGAACAAGUGGAUGACAACGGGUGCUCGUGGCGUUCAGGGGCAAAGGUGGAACAGAAGUACCUCAAACAGUGGUUUAUCAAAACCACUGCCUAUGCUAAGGCCAUGUUUGAUGCUUUGUCCGAUCUCCCCGAGUGGUAUGGUAUAAAAGAAAUGCAGGCAAAUUGGAUAGGUGACUGCAUUGGAUGCUCUCUUGACUUCUCACUAAAGGUUAAUGGUGAAGUCACAGGAGAGAAGCUCUCAGCCUACACCUAUACACCUGAAGCCAUUUAUGGGGCCUCCCAUUUGUACAUCCUGCCAGAGCACAGGCUGCUGCACGGGAGCAGCAGACUCAGGGAAGUCCUCCAGAGAGACUUCAUCCCCGGGAAAGACUCCCUCACUUCAGUGACAGCUGUGAAUUUGCUUACAAACCAGGAGAUUCCUGUGGUCAUCUCAGCAAAACCCCAGUUUGAGAACUACCUUGAUACUAAAAUAG